CCUAGAAAAUUGUCCUGUCCCAAAAUAGUAACAGUGACCCGCCGGUCACGUGACUGUAGGCACGGGAAUUUCUCCUCUGCUCGGGACACGAGCUCGGACUGCGACAUAAGCACAGCAUCGGCGAAAUGUCCGGCGUCAGCAGAGCUGUAACAGUUAGUGUUCCAAUUAUCAUUGGAGUAGUAGUGGUGGGCGUCACUGCAGUUCUGGCUAAAAUAUUUCUGUUUGGGAAAAAGAAAAAGUCUUCCCCUGUUACAUUGAGUAACCCUGAUGUCAAAGUACCCUUGAAGCUGAUUGACAAAGAGGAAAUUAGCCCAGAUACUAGAAGAUUUCGUUUUGCCUUGCCGUCUCCACAUCAUGUUCUUGGUCUGCCUGUGGGUCAACACAUCUAUCUCACAGCACGUAUUGAUGGAAGCCUGGUUAUUCGCCCCUACACUCCUGUUUCUAGUGAUGAUGACAAGGGUUUUGUUGAUCUUGUUGUUAAGAUAUACUUCAAGAAUGUACAUCCCAAAUUUCCAGAAGGUGGCAAGAUGUCUCAGUAUUUAGAAAACAUGGAAAUUGGUGACUACAUAGAUUUCCGAGGACCCAAUGGCCUGUUGGUGUAUGAGGGACGAGGCAUGUUCAAGAUCCGACCUGACAAGAAACUGGAGGCACAGACGCGAGUGGCCCGCAAAGUAGGCAUGAUUGCAGGGGGAACUGGGAUCACACCAAUGUUGCAGUUGGUUCGCCAGGUUUUCAAAGAUCCAGAAGACCGCACUGAGUUAUGGCUUCUGUUUGCUAAUCAGACAGAGAAUGACAUCCUAUUGAGGGUAGAGCUGGAAGAGAUAAAGGCCCAGUACCCUAGUCGUUUUCAUCUGUGGUACACGUUGGACCGGCCCCCAUCAGGUUGGACAUAUAGCUCUGGUUUUGUCAAUGAUGAGGUGAUCAAAGAACAUCUCCCACCACCAUCUGAUGAGACUCUAAUUCUCAUGUGUGGGCCACCCCCCAUGAUCAACUUUGCUUGCCUUCCAAAUCUAGACAAGCUGGGUUAUCCACCGCAGUGCCGCUUUGCUUACUGAAAUCUUAGUUAACUGAAAAGGGAAGUCAGUCUUGUGACUAAAUUAAGUUUUUGCAAUAACAGGCAUGAUUUUGAAGCAAUGAUUCACCUUGUGAAAAUACAUUUUUUUUGUUUUGUUUUGAAGUACUUUUUCAAAGGUUUAUUGAAAAUUAUUAGAUCACUACUUCGUUGAAAUUACAUGGCUGGCUGCAUUGCCAUAAUGAAACCUUAGUUGCUGGCUCUGUAUAAAACACCAAUCCCCUCCCUCCCACACACACACUGUCUAUUGAAAAUAUUUUUUUUAGGUCAAGUUCAUUGAUAACUGAAACUGUAUAUACCUGCCUACUGUACAUUUACUAAGCACUAAGCUGACUUAGCUUUAAUGCAAGAAGCACAUAUCUUGUUUUAUGUGUAUGGCUCUAUCACAAAAUAUUAAUGGUAUUUACAUAUUUACAUCACAGUAUCUUGAAAUUGGUGGAUGUGGUUGAAAAUUGUUCAGUUUAAAUAUUUAAAAAGUUUUCAAAAGUUUUACAUUCUGGUUGUCUGCCAGUUUUUGCUGAAUAAUUUUUUUUUUUUUUUCGUUACAUUUGUCUUCCUGUUUAUAGCUUGCAUUUUAUGUGAUAUUUUCAGUUAUUUUUCUUUGUAUGCAUUUUUUCCCAGUAUGCAUACUUUAGAAUAAUCAUUUGGUUAUGAACAUUGUCUAGCAACUUACAUUUUUCUAUAAAAAUUGCAAACAUGUGGCAAGACUCUCCAAACAUCAGACAAAUGAAGACAUGGCCGUUGGAUGAUGCAAUUAUUGGCUGACUUUGUGUAUGCACAUAUAAAACUAUAGCAAACUAACAUAUAGUAAAUCUGAGGAUUUUUAGUUUGCACUUCUAAAUUUGUAAGGUGGGUUGACGUGAGGGGAAAAAACUUUUCAUUUUUUUUUAAAUCAACUUUUUUUAUAUUGUUUAAACAUAAAGUUUUUUCUCUGCAAAAGAAAUAGUUGCAGGAGUUUGUAUCUGCUUUGUUCAGGAAAUGGUGCUUGUUUAUCCUAAAUAUUUUGUAAUCUUUAUGAUGCCAGGAUAGAGCACAUAAUGUAGAAUUUCUUCUAUGAGAUUUAUAAAAUUUCUAUCCAAAAAUA